AUGUUGUCGAUCAUCAUCACUUUACUGAUCUGGAAUAAUAUCAGUGCUUUAGAAUGGUGGAAUGGCUGGAGUGUGCAUGAUAACAAUGAUCGUUUUCAAAGAGACCCACUUCCUAUAACUCCAACAACCACAAAGACUGAAUUUAAACAGCUAUGGUACACUGUACUAGACGGUCCAAUUGAGAUGUCUCCGACUAUCUAUCAACAGUAUAUCUAUAUUGCAAGCUGGAAUGGAACAUUUUAUUGCCUGCAAGCAGAUACUGGCAAGAUAUUGUGGCAGAAAAAUCUGUCUACUUUUAUUAACAAUGGUCGUGGUUAUAUUUCACGGACAAGUCCAAUAGUUUACAACGAUAUGAUUAUCAUGGGCCUCUCGGAUGCUAUGGCACAAAUUCAUAAACCUGGUAACGGUUCUUAUGCUAUUGCAUUCGAUCGUUUCACUGGCGAACUUCGAUGGAGAAAUAGAGUUUCUUCGCAUUCUUUGUCUAAAUUAACGAGUAGUCCUCAAUUAGCGAACAAUAUUCUUUUUGUUGGCAUAUCAUCAGUUGAAGAAAGCAUGGCAGAUGAUCCAACAUAUCCGUGUUGCGUAUUUCAAGGAUCUGUGGUUGCAGUGAAUGCCACUACGGGCAUGUUUCUUUGGGAAACAAAAAUGAUGCCAGAUAAUAAUGGAACUAGAAAUGGAUAUGCAGGCGGCACAGUUUGGGGUAGUCAGUUUCCAGUUGAUUAUAAACGAAAUCAAAUCUAUGUUGCAACUGCUAAUUAUUAUAAAUUACCACCUUUAAUUCAACAAUGUGUGAAUGAUACUGCCAAUUUGACUCUCUAUUCUGAUCCGUGUGAUCAGCCAGAUGCUUACGGUCAAUCUAUUGUAGCAUUAGAUAUGACUACAGGACUUGUUCGUUGGAGUCGAAAUUUUGGACCCAUAAAUGCAUACGUUGACGGUUGUACUCAGCCACAUCCUAAUUGUCCACCUUAUCCUGGGCCUGACAGUGAUUUUGGACAAGCUCCUAUAUUCAAAUUAAACUUAACGUAUAAAUUUGGCGGCGAGAACCGUGAUCAAGUAUUUGCUGCGCAAAAAUCCGGUAUAGCGUUUGGUUUGGACGCUGAAACAGGAAAAACCAUCUGGGUUAACCAAGUUGCUCCUGGUGGUAAUGGCGGCGGAAUGAAAUUUGGUUCUGCAGCUGAUGAUCAGUAUCUCUAUGUCGGCAAUAUGAAUGCUGGUAGUUUAAAUUAUACAUUGCCAAAUGGAACUAUCACAACAAAAGCAAGUUGGUCUGCUGUAGAUCUAGUUACCGGUGAUAUUAAGUGGACUACCGUUGAUCCUACAACAGGUAUAAAUAAAACAAGCGCUAACCUUGCACUGACUGUUUGGGAUCAACUUGUCCUAGUUCAAGGUGGAAGUUAUUCAGGAGAAACAAGAAGUCCAAUUAAAGGAUGUCUUUAUGGGCUGAACAAGACGAAUGGUGAAGUUCUGUAUGAAUGGUGUAUUGAAAAUACGCCUCUUGGUAGUGGUGCAUCUGUUGCCAAUAAUACUAUUUAUGUGGGAAUUGGAUAUGCAAGACUAAGACCAGGAAUAGACGGUAUAGUUGCAUUACAAUUGCCUUCGACACCUUGA